AUGUCAGCAUAUUACAUCAUUAGUGAAGAUGAGCGUCGUGGAAAAAACCAAAAGAAAACAUCAAUAUGGGCACGAGUGAAGGAGAUAUGUGAUGCAAAUCAAGCAGAAAACCCAGGAAAGCUUGGUAACAAAAACAUAGCUCAAAUGAAAGGUCGUUAUAAACGACUUAAUGAAAGUGCUGGAAAAUGGGUUGGUGUUUACCGAGAAACAUAUAGAAAAAGAAGAAGUGGGAUGAAUAUGAAAGAUGUUGAGAAUGAAGCUCAUAUGUUAUAUGAGACAAGUGGAAGCAAGUUCAAUGACACAAUUGUUUUUAGUGAGGUUAUGUGUAGACAUCGAAAAUGA